AUGCAAAACUCCUUGUUUUUUAAUUCUUUCUACGGUCUAACCGCUCUCAGUUUGGCGACGUUCUUCCUUUCCAUCUGGUGCAUGAAAUGUCACACGCUCUCUACUUUGAAUGCUACGCUGAAAACAAAUAUGUAUCGUUGUCUUUUUGGGUGAGUACUUUUAUAAAAUCUGUAAAUUUUUUGAAAGUUGGCGAAGUUCUCAACUGAAAUAGAAGAACUAAUAUCACAAAAAAUUUUGGGCUUUGAAACUUUAGAAAAAUUUUUAGAUUAUCAUUUGAAAUUUAAUUUCACUCUCCUACAAUUAUAUAAGCUGAAUGAAUUCCAGAUACCUCAUGAUGGAUCUUGCGCCAAGAAUAUUCUCAGCACCUAUAUUUUACCAUGAAUCUUCGAUCGACUUUUCGAUGGGGCUUCUGAGGGUUUUCGGCGUCCCUCUGCACAUCGAUUGGCUUUUAGGUUACUUGAUAAGACCAGGUGACUUAAUGUUCAUUUUUUCCAACUUUUUUUCUCGCUCCUCGUAGCGGAUUGAGAUUAAUCUUGAAGUUCAGGUGGUUGCAUGUUGCUUAUUGGCUACUACCGUAGUAAGUACGUGAAAGCCUCGCUAGUGGGCGAGGAAAUGAGGAUGGAGAAAAAAAAUGAAUAUAUCUUGAUGUACGGCUCUCUGUUUCUUCUCUCUAUCCUCUUGGCGGCUCCUGUGACCGUUAAUUUUUUUUUGGAAUCGUGUCGAAACGGUACAAGUGAAGUAAGUUUGUUGAAUGUUUGGAAAUGAGCUGAAAAAAAGGUAUCUGAAAUGGUAUUUGUUUUGUUCAUACAUUUAUUACUGUAGAUUUCUCUCGAAUAUGAAUAGGAGAAUCAUUUUCAAGCAACUUCCAGGGAGCCUUUCUGAAGCCAAUGGGAGUUUACGUGAAAAUGCUCGAAGAACCGUCGCACUACAGCUCGACGUUUGCUGUUGGCGAAUUCCUUGCCUCGGACAUCUACUUAAUAAACAUGAUAUAUAUCUGGAUACGCAUGUACCGUACCCGAGCUAUGCAUAAUGCUACUGAAAUGCCGGUGUCUGCGGCAUUCAGAAAGAAGCAACUUUAUUACUCCGCGGUGCAGGUUCGAACGAAUUUUUUUCUGGGAACUAUUUAUUUGUUGGGCUUCAAGAUUCUCCCAAAAUUAUAGCAAAAAUGAAAUAAAUUUGUAAAUGGAUGAAUUGAGUGUUUUGACAUAUUAAAGUUGAUUGCAACUAUUUUAUAUAAAAAAAUUGUGAAUUAAAAAGGAUACUCAUGAAUAAUCUAGUUUGAAAAAAUUGGCAAUGGAAUAAAACGUAAAAACUCAAACAAAUAUUUUCAUCAUCAUUUUCUAGAUGCUGGGUGACGUGGUUUUCUUUUUCAUACCGAUGUUAUUUCUCCAGCUCUGCUCGUUCUUUUCAAUCUACAAACCUGGUCAUAACAUUUUCUCAUCGCUUUUGAUUACCAGAUUAUUUACAGAAUUGAACAAUAUUGCGUUUUGGAUUCAAUUGUUUCAUGGAACUGUUGGCAUGAUUUCCUUCCUUUUCGCUCAUAACUACUCGAUAAUCGUCUAUACCCGUGAGUUUCUUUUUCUUUUAUCACCGACGAAUUUUCCGACUUUCAGAUAUCCUGAAACCUAUUGGGUCGCCCUUCAUGUGCCUGUUCAGCCCAAUUGGAGCUUUGAUUGCCGUUCUAAAAAGAGGAUUCCGAUCCAACCGAAUCGAAAACGUUGCAACUGAGCGAAGGUGA